ACAUGAUCCGUGCGAUAAUACAAACAUAACUGACAACUGUAUUGGGGUAAGUCAUGACUUGGAGGAAAGCCUGAGGAUUUUCAUCACUUCCCAGUGGACUUGAAGCACAGUGCAGAAGAAUUAAAGAUUAAACCCAACUAAACCAUGGCGAACAAUACGGAAGACGUCACUGAUGCAGGGAUUCCUAUGACAGAGUUUCAGCCGCGAGGAAGUGAUAGAAGUGACACUCCACAACACAGAGGGUCCUGGAGCAGCCACCUGGACUACAUGCUGACCAUGGUGGGGUACAGCGUGGGGUUUGGGAACCUGCUCAGGUUCCCAUACCUCUGCAACAGGAACGGUGGAGGAGCUUUUUUGAUCCCGUUCAUCCUUUUUCUUCUCGUUACUGGGUUUCCGAUGUUGUUCCUCGAGUCCUCAAUGUCCCAGUUUUCGGGAAAGGCUGUCAAGCAUGUGUGGAGCUUUAGUCCAAUGUUCAAAGGAAUUGGCAUUGGAACUUUAUUGAUAACAUUCCUCUAUACGACCUUUUACACCGUCUUCGUGGCCUGGCCCAUCUACUACAUGGUGAGGUCCUGCUCCAGCGUCCUGCCCUGGACAACGUGUGGCAACAGCUGGAACACCGACCUGUGUGUGGACGGUGUCAAUUCUACCUUCAGCAGUAACAUGACAGCCCUGGCAGGGAAUACAACAAAUACAAUCAUUGCAGUCGAGCUGUGGGAAAAUGUGACCCUGGCUCACACACCUGCCGAGGAGUUUUGGCAGUACAACGUUCUAAACAUCUCCACCGGCUUGGAGGACGUUGGGUCUGUACAGUGGCACAUUGUCGGAUGUCUGUUUGCUGCAUUUCUUGUAAUAUUUGUUUGUCUUAUCCGUGGAGUCAAGUCUGCUGGCAAGGUUGUGUAUGUGACGGCAUUGCUGCCGUACAUCCUUCUCAUCGCAAUCUUCAUCAGGACACUGCUACAGCCAGGAGCUACAGACGGCCUUCUAUACUACGUCGUACCGGAUUUCCCCAAACUGCUUCAAAUACAGGUGUGGCUGGAAGCGUCUCUACAGGUGUUCUACUCCCUGGGGCCGGGCUGGGGGAUGAUUAGCACCGCUGCGAGCUACAAAAAGUUCCAUCAACCAUGUCUCAGAGAUUGCCUCAUUCUGGCCCUAGUGUCUGAGGGAAGCAGUGUCGUUUCUGGCAUGGUGACAUUUUCCAUUCUCGGCGUGAUGUCACAUAAAGUGGGUGUUCCCAUUGCAAACGUGGUUUCGACGGGUCCGGGUUUGGGAUUUGUAACUUAUCCUGAAGCUCUGGCUCAACUUCCACUUCCUCAGCUGUGGUCAUUCGUCUUCUUUCUCAUGUUGUUGAUGGUUGGCUUGGAUUCACAGUUCCUGAGUAUGGAGGUGGUCGUCACUGCUCUGGUUGAUGAGUAUCCGCGACAGCUGGGAAAGCGGAGGUGGCUUGUAACAGGAGUGUGUUGCCUGAUAGCUUUUCUUCUUGGAAUCGUUUUCUGCACACAGGGAGGGCCGUACAUGUUCCAGCUGUUAGACUGGUAUUCAGCGUCCCUGGCUCCCAUGGUGUUCUGCUUACUGGAGUGUGUUGCCGUGGGCUGGAUAUAUGGUAUCAAACAAAUGAGUAGGGACGUAGAGAUGAUGACUGGAAAAGCACUAUCGCCACCACUAAAGAUCCUCUUGGUAUUCGUGACGCCAGCAACCUUGAUGGUUGCUUUCAUCUUCACCCUCCUCCGCUACCAACCACCGACCUACGGCAAGUACGAGUUUCCCAGCUACGCCAGUAAAAUCGGCUGGUUCCUUGCAGUGCUGCCCCUCCUACCCAUACCUGUCUAUAUGGUCAUUGCUGUCAGGAAGCACAUGGCGACCAAUUCCCUGAAGAAGAGUGUCCAUCUUGCCAUGAGUCCUGACGAUGACUGGGGUCCAGCGGAGGCCGGAUACAGGGAGGAGUACAUGGCGAAUAAGGCAAAUAGACCUACCCUCAAGCCUCACAUCAUGGAUAUAUUCAAAAAGUGAAACAACAUGAACACUCUGACCCAUACAGUGAAAUCCUAGGCCCGUUGAUAUAGACCGUGACCUGCAUACGACUACUGUUUACAACGUCUGGAGAACCAGUGGGAUGUUACUAUGUACAUAUUCGUUAAUCCAGACAUGUGUUAAUCUUAUUUCUUAAGCAAUGGGAUCAGUUGGAUUAAUGAGGUUGUGUUUGUUUUGUAAUAAUAGAGGGAUGGUGUUGCAUCCUAGUGGUUAAAGCUUUCGCUCGUCGCUCAACUCCCGGGUUUGAUUCCCCAUAUGCCUUGUGUCCACCACGGUAAUAUUGCUGGAAUGUUUCUAAAAGCAACCUACACCCUCACUCAAGUAAAUCGAACGGCAUGAAUGAUUUAAGCUAUGUAGUGAUACUCCAUUCAUUCGGUACCCGGGCUAUAAAAACAUCUGUGUAUGAUUAAAAGGGAUGUUACGACAUACAAGUAAUUCAUUUACCCAGUUCAUAACUGGUUAAUUGCAUCUCGUUCUCGAGAGACUAGACACGCACUGGCACACUCAAUGAAACGUGUAGCACUGAUGAUAUGUCAUCAAAUUUCUAAUUUGACGCGUAUUUAUUAUAAGAUUGCACACAUAGGUUGUUACAAUAUUCACUGACAACGCUGUAACAACAAACAUCCACCAAUCGCAACUAAGUUUACUGCACUGUGUAGUUG